GUCUAUUUGUCUACGUAGAGAAUUGUGCGGAAAACAUAAAAAACACAAUUUUUUCUUUCGUUUUGUUUCGCUGAAAUAGAUGGAAUUAUCGGUCGCGUUGUAGCAACAUUUUUUCUAGAGAUAGGGUUUCUAUUAACCAGAAAGAAUGGCGUCUGCCAUAAUGCAACAGUUCAUCAGUGGGCUUAAAUCUCGAAAUGAAGAUUCAAGGUUAAAGGCUGCCCGAGAUUUACACCAUUAUGUGACAUCUGAAUUAAGAGAGGCAUUACAAGAAGAUGUCAUUUCAUUUGUGGAUGAUUUAAAUCACCAUAUAUUUGACAUGGUCUCAAGCUCAGACGUAAAUGAAAAAAAAGGUGGCAUUCUGGCUAUAGUUAGUUUACUUCAAGUAGAUGUUGGGAAUACCAAUGCCAGGAUGACCAGGUUUGCGAAUUAUUUAAAAAACUUACUCCCUUCCCAAGAUGUUGUUGUAAUGGAACUAACUGCAAGAGCACUUGGAAAAUUGACUUUAGUGUCAGGAAGCUAUACAGCUGAAUACGUGGAAUUUGAGGUGAAACGUGCUUUUGAGUGGCUCAGCGGCGAGAGAAAUGAAGGCCGCAGGCAUGCGGCGGUAUUGGUCUUACGAGAAUUGGCUUUAUCUACGCCCACUUUCUUCUUUCAACAAGUUCAGACUUUUUUUGAUGUAAUUUUUUAUGCCGUACGGGACUCUAAACCAAUGAUCCGUGAAGGCGCGGUUGCCGCUUUACGUUCUGCCUUAGUCGUGACCUCUCAGCGAGAAACUAAAGAAGCGCAAAAGCCUACUUGGUAUAAGCAGUGCUUUGAUGAAGCUCAACAAGGUUUCGAGGAACCAUUGGCCAAAGAUAAAGGACUGACGAAAGACGAUAGGGCCCAUGGAUCUCUGCUGGUUCUUCAAGAACUCUUACGUUGUUCGAAUGCAGAAGGCGAACGACUCCUUGCUGAAUUAGAACAAUUAAAUUCGCUUCAUUCGCAAACUGUCCAGGAUAGUAUGAUUUCUACAACUUCUCGAGUUUUGCCCAACGGGGCAGUUGAGCUGAUUAACACUCCCUCGCUCUACAACAACUUGCGCCUUUUACCGGGACAUGUCGCUCAGUCGAGAAUAGGCAGUGCGGUGUCACCGCUGUCAAUUGUUGCACCUCAGCAGUACCCAAUAGUUGAAAGCGCCGCUUGUCGCCAGCUAACUGCCGACCAUUUUGAUGACAUUUGUGCCAACACGCUUCGACACAGCAUCUCGAAAAGUGUCCAUGUACAGGCAGCCCUAAUGGGAAUUCUACCAAGGCUGGCUGCUUAUGAUCGAACGCGCUUUUCCGAUAGGUAUUUAAAUACCACCAUGGGCUACUUGAUGACGUGCGUAAACCGGAAAGAAAAAAAUCAACUUGCCUUGAUCACUAUUGGCUACAUUGCUGUUUGUAUUGAAGGAGAUAUUGCUAAAUAUCUACCGGGUAUCAUUAACUACAUUCGUACCACGUUACCUCAUACCAAGGACCCAUCUACGAAAAAGCGUUCCACCACUCCCGACGUUGCUGUUUUUGUCUGCAUGAGUUUGCUUGGCCGGGCUUUAGGACGUUCUCACCUAACCUCUGAAUUCAAGGAUCUCCUUGAUCCCAUGCUGUCUGUUGGGUUGAGCCCGGCUUUGACCACGUGCUUACGUGAGCUUGCCUUAAGAAUUCCUGUCCUUAAGAAGGACAUUGCAGAAGGGUUGUUGCGGAUGCUUUCAUUAGUUUUGAUGCAUCAACCACUUCGCCAUCCAGGAAUGCCCAAACACCAUAUGGCACUCAAUCCAGUUGCAAUUCAACCCCUAUCUUCGGCUGGAGACGACGUUAACAAUACUGUUUUAGCGCUGAGAACGUUAGGAAAUUUUGACUUUCAAGGUCAGCCACUAUUACUACAAUUCGUUCGCCAUUGCGCCGAUCACUUUUUGUGCAGCGAACAAAGGGCCAUACGUCUUGAGGCUGUACGAACUUGUAGCCAGCUAUUGAAGUGCGCACUCCAGGAGUCCAUAAAAUUAAAAAAGAAGCCGUUAAGAAGUAGCGGUGUCCGAGUUGUUUCUGCAACCGUUGCCGAAGUUUUAAGCAAGUUACUAACUGCAGCAAUCACGGAUCCUGACGCCAGUGUUCGAUACUGCGUUUUUGCGAGCCUUGAUCCCCACUUCUUUUCUUACUUGGCCCUCGCAGAAAAUCUUGGUUCUAUUAGUGUAGCGCUGAAUGAUGAAGUCUUCGAAAUUCGAGAAAUGGCUGUCUGUAUUAUUGGUCAUUUGUCUUCGAUGAAUCCCGCUUAUAUCAUGCCUGCGCUGCGGAAACUUUUAAUUCAGUUGCUCACUGAGCUAGAGCACAGUGGAAUGGGCCGCAAUAAAGAGCAAAGUUCCAGGUUACUUGGUCGUUUAGUCUCAUCUGCACCCAGACUCAUCAAACCAUAUAUGGAACCGAUACUGAAAAUUUUGGUUCCAAAAUUAAAGGAAAAUGACCCGAAUCCCGGAGUAACGAUUGCUGUUCUUACUGCAAUCGGAGAUUUAGCUCAAGUUUCUGAGAGUGAAAUGAGGCUGUGGAGCCCUGAACUACUCCCAUUGCUGUUGGAUAUGUUGGCGGAUUCUAGUCUUCCUGCGAAAAGGGAAGUAGCUUUGUGGACCUUGGCACAGUUAAUCGAAAGUACUGGAUGUGUAAUUCAGCCUUAUCAAGAAUAUCCUUCGUUGCUUGAAUUGCUGUUGAGCUUCUUAAAAACCGAGCAACUUGUUUCCAUUCGACGAGAAACCUUGAGAGUGUUGGGUCUGCUUGGAGCGCUGGAUCCGUAUAAACACAAAAUGAACUUGGGUCAUAUUGAUAGUCAGGGCGACUCAAGUGCAGUAAUGUCGAUGUCAGAUGGUCGAGAUGCAGAUUCUCUGAUGGAUUCAUCGGCAAGCGAAAUGCUAGUCAACAUGAAUUACUCCAGCUUAGAAGAGUUUUACCCUGCUGUGGCUAUUGCAACAUUGAUGCGCGUAGUAAAAGAUCAAACCCUUUCCCAGCACCACAACACGGUCGUCACCGCAGUGAUGUUCAUCUUCAAGUCUUUGGGCGUUCGAUGCGUCCCUUACAUUAAACAAGUUGUCCCUAGUUUUGUGAACGUCGUUCGUUUUACCCCAUUAACAGAGGUUUCUCUGAAAGAAUUCCUGUUCCAGCAACUUGGAUUUCUUAUUGCUAUUGUUAAGCAACAUAUUCGCCCGUAUUUGGAUCAGAUCUUAGAUCUUGUGAAAGAGCAUUGGACUGUUAAUAGUCCUUUCCAAAUAACGAUUAUCUUAUUAAUCGAACAUGUAGCUAUGGCAUUGGGAGCUGAGUUUAAGAUGUACCUGCCUCUUUUAGUUCCACUAGUAUUGCGCGUGUUAACACACGAUGCCAGCAAGGACCGCAGCGUUACCGGUAAAUUGCUUCAAGCGGUUCAGAAGUUUGGAAGCAAUUUAGAAGAUUACCUACAUCUCCUCCUACCACCAAUUGUUAAAUUGUUUGACGCCAUUGACGUCAACAUCAAUGUUCGACGUACCGCCUUAGAAACUGUGGAUCUCAUCAGUGACACGCUGGACUUGAGCGACUUUGCUUCUCGCAUCAUUCAACCACUUAUUCGUUGCAUCGAGAACACCAGUGAACUUCGACCAGUUGCAAUGGAAUGCUUAGCUUCUUUAGUGGCUCAACUGGGCAAGAAGUAUUUAAUAUUCAUACCCAUGGUUCAAAAAGUCCUGAAUCGGCAUCGAAUUCAGCAUCAACGUUAUGAUGUGUUAGUUGCCAAAAUUUUGCAUGGUGGCGGUUCCGUCGACGAAGAAGAUUUAUCUGCAGCUCGCCAACGAAGAGGAAAUUCUAAAACGAAAGAAGGGUUGAUAUCAUCAGAUACUACUGCGGUCAAACGAUUACACGUUGCCGCUAAUAAUUUACAACGAGCUUGGACAGCAACGCGUCGAGUGUCAAAAGACGAUUGGCAGGAAUGGCUUAGAAAGUUAAGUUCAGAAAUGCUUAAGGAAUCGCCGUCUCCGCCUCUAAGAUCUUGCUGGGCAUUAGGCCAAAGCUACAUACAGUUACCGCGCGACCUGUUUAACGCCGCAUUUGUUUCAUGUUGGACUGAGCUAAGUCAACAACAUCAAAAUGAAUUGGUGAAAAGCUUGGAACAAGCGCUACGCGUUCCAGACCUUCCUGAAAUUACCCAAACGAUUCUCAAUUUGGCGGAAUUCAUGGAGCAUUGUGAGAAAGGUCCUUUACCCUUAGAUGCCAAGCUGCUGGGCCAAAGAGCGAUGCAAUGCAGAGCUUAUGCCAAAGCUCUUCACUACAAAGAAGCCGAAUUUCAUGAAUCGCCUACUGCUCAGGCACGAUUCAUUCGUUAUCACUUCUAAAAGCAUUAUUUAAACUUCUUUUUUCUUAAGGUUUUGGAAUCACUUAUAUCAAUCAACAAUAAACUUCAACAAAAGGAAGCAGCUGCCGGACUGUUGGAAUAUGCGAUGAAAAAGCACGAAGGUGAAAUCCGAGUUCAGGAGAGAUGGCAUGAGAAAUUGCACGAUUGGGAAAGAGCAUUGGAAGCCUAUAGAAAAAAAGAAAUUAACCAACAACAACAGGAACCCGAAUUAGUACUGGGCCAAAUGCGAUGCCUAGAAGCACUUUGUGAAUGGGGACAACUACACACUUUGGCUGAAGCAAAUUGGAAACAGGUAAAUGCCGAUGUUAAGAACCGAUUUGCUCGCAUGGCAGCCGCUGCUGCGUGGGGUCUCGGAAAAUGGACUGCCAUGGAGGAAUAUGUAAACUUCAUUCCGAAGGAAACCCAGGAUGGUGCCUUUUAUCGUUCCGUAUUAGCAAUUCACAGGGAGCAAUACAGCCAAGCUCAGACACUGAUUGACUCAGCACGUGACCUUCUGGACACCGAACUGACGGCGCUUUCAGGCGAAAGCUACCAGCGUGCCUAUGGAGCAAUGGUCUUAGUCCAGAUGCUUGCUGAACUAGAGGAAGUCAUUCAGUACAAAAUUCUUCCGGAAAGAAGAGGUCCUAUUCGAAAAAUAUGGUGGCAACGCCUUCAGGGAUGUCAGAGAAUUGUAGAAGAUUGGCAAAAAAUUAUUCAAGUGCAUUCUCUGGUUAUCUCGCCUGAAGAAGAUAUGCGUACUUGGUUAAAAUAUUCAUCCCUUUGUCGUAAAUCUGGUCGUUUGGCACUCUCACAUAAAACCCUGGUGACUUUGCUCGGUACUGAUCCUUCGUUGAAUCCUGACCACCCAUUGCCUACGUUACAUCCUCAUGUAACUUAUGCGUACUCAAAACAUCUUUGGAUGUCAAACCAAAAAGAACAAGCUUUCAGGCAGUUACACCAUUUUGUACAAGCCUCAUUGCAGCCGCAAUCACUGUCGUCUAUUUCGACCACCCCUGUGUCCACGCCAGAGGAACCAGACCGGCAAGUUGAAUUGGGGAAACUACUGGCCAGGUGUUACUUACGACUUGGUCAGUGGCAGGAAUGCCUCCAAGGUAUCAAUGAACUGUCGAUUCCUGCUGUUCUUCAGUACUACGCUGCAGCUACAGAACAUGACUCAACUUGGUACAAGGCAUGGCAUUCCUGGGCCUACAUGAAUUUUGAAGCAGUGUUAUUUUACAAGCAUCAAGGGCAAAAUACUUCAGCUAAUCAUACGUUGAUGGGAGAUGUUAGUGCAAGCGGUGGACUGACCGCUCAACACGUUUCGUCUUACACGGUGCCCGCUGUCCAGGGAUUUUUCCGUUCGAUUGCGUUAUCACACGGAAGUUCACUUCAGGAUACUCUUCGUCUAUUGACUCUUUGGUUUGAUUAUGGACAUUGGCCUGAGGUGUAUGAAGCGCUGGUGGAGGGUGUAAGGACAAUUGAUGUCAACACUUGGUUACAAGUGAUUCCUCAGCUCAUUGCUCGUAUUGAUACGCAACGACAACUAGUUGGCAGACUCAUUCAUCAGCUCUUGAUGGAUAUUGGAAAAGCUCAUCCUCAGGCCCUGAUUUAUCCGUUGACAGUGGCUUCUAAAUCAGCCUUACAAGCCAGACAUAACGCUGCGAACAAAAUCUUGAAGAACAUGUGUGAACAUAGUCCCGUUCUCGUGCAACAGGCUGUAAUGGUCAGUGAAGAAUUGAUCCGCGUAGCCAUAUUAUGGCACGAAUUGUGGCAUGAAGGGCUAGAGGAAGCUUCUCGGCUCUAUUUUGGUGAGCGGAAUGUCACAGGUAUGUUUGCAACGCUGGAACCACUUCACGCAAUGCUAGAGCGAGGACCACAAACCCUUAAAGAAACAUCUUUUCAUCAGGCUUACGGACGGGAGUUGUUAGAAGCUCAAGACUGGUGUCGUCGGUACAAGACUUCACUGAACGUUCGAGAUCUAAAUCAAGCAUGGGAUUUGUAUUAUCACGUUUUCCGGCGUAUUUCCAGACAACUGCCUCAGUUGACGAGCUUGGAACUUCAAUAUGUUUCACCAAAAUUGCUUUUGUGCCGAGAUCUUGAACUGGCGAUCCCGGGAAGUUAUGUACCCAAUCAGCCCGUAAUCAGAAUAUCGCAAGUUAACAGUUCGCUGCAGGUUAUCACUUCUAAACAGAGGCCUAGGAAACUGUGCAUCACUGGUAGUAACGGCAAAGAGUACAUGUUUCUUUUGAAAGGCCACGAAGAUCUUCGACAAGAUGAGAGAGUCAUGCAACUUUUCAGCUUAGUUAACACGCUACUAAUUCAUGAUCCGGAGACCUUCCGUCGGAAUCUCACCAUUCAGAGAUAUGCAGUGAUUCCCUUGUCCACAAACAGUGGUUUAAUUGGAUGGGUUCCACAUUGUGACACCUUGCAUUCACUGAUUCGUGACUAUAGGGAGAAAAAAAAAAUUCUUCUUAAUAUUGAACACCGCAUAAUGCUACGAAUGGCUCCCGACUAUGAUCACUUAUCGCUUAUGCAAAAGGUGGAAGUGUUUGAACACGCCCUUGAGCAUACACAAGGCGAUGAUUUGGCCAAAAUUUUGUGGCUACGGUCUCCAUCCUCGGAAGUCUGGUUUGAUAGAAGAACUAACUAUACAAGAUCCCUAGCUGUUAUGUCGAUGGUUGGAUAUAUUCUCGGGUUGGGUGACCGUCAUCCAUCCAAUCUGAUGUUAGAUCGUUUAAGUGGCAAGAUACUUCAUAUAGACUUCGGUGACUGCUUCGAAGUUGCCAUGACUCGAGAGAAGUUCCCGGAAAAAAUUCCUUUCCGGUUGACCCGCAUGCUAGUCAACGCAAUGGAGGUGACCGGAAUUGAAGGAACUUACCGAAGCACUUGCGAAUCUGUAAUGGCUGUCCUCCGAGGAAACAAAGACAGUUUAAUGGCUGUAUUGGAAGCUUUUGUCUACGAUCCUCUCUUAAAUUGGAGACUGGUUGUAGAUAAUGUUGCAAAUACGAAAACCACCCGACGGUCAAAAAGCAGACAUGAAUCUUCGUCAAAUAAUAGUGCCCAGGGUGAUGUGGGGGAUAGCAUGGAAAUAACUGCAAAUGCAGCAGCAAAUUCCAGCAGUGUGUUGAAUGCGGCCAUCAGUAGAAGUAAAAAUGACAUAACAGAAGCUACUGCCAAUGACGGACCUCAACCGGAAAUACUAAACAAACGAGCUCUGGCUAUUGUUAGCCGUGUCCGUGACAAGUUAACUGGGCGUGAUUUCCCUAAUGAAACUGAAGGAACUUUAGGUAUAGACCGACAAGUAGAGUUGCUUAUUCAACAAGCGACUUCUCAUGAAAAUUUAUGCCAGUGCUACAUAGGCUGGUGUCCGUUUUGGUGAAUACUGCGACAAAAAGGAAAUCAGGUUUGACCGUUUACGGGCGAUUUUGCUUCGUGCGUUUAUGGGAUUCAGUUGGAAUCCUUAUUUUUCAAAAUUCCUUUAAUAGUUAAUUGUUGAAGUUGGAAAAAAAGGGAAUACAUUGUCAUUCCUUAAA